AUGCCAGAGAAAAAACAGGAUAUUUUUAUUUUUAAAAAAUGGUGUUACAUUAGUAAAAAAAAAUACAAAAAAAAUAAACAAAAGAAAACCAAACUCCGAAAAUGGAAAUAUAUAUGUAGACAAAUUUACUUGGGGGAAUUAUGUUCCUUAAAAUUCCGAUUUAAAAAAAAUGUAGAUUUAAAGAGGAGCAUAAAAACUAUAAGGAGCAAUAUAUAUAAUUCAAGAAUAAAAAAAAUUAGUGUGAAUGAUAGUGAUAAUAAUAUCCUUUACCCUGAUAACAAAAUAACUUCAGAAGAUGAAAAUGUGAAUUCAUUAAAAAAUUCAAUUGAAAACAAAAAUAUUAUGUUAUUGUUUUCAAAACAAUCAAAUGGUAAUUAUAUAAAAAAUAAAUAUUACGAUGAUAGAAUAUCCUCUACAAAUUCAACAUGCGCAUCAUCACUAUGUUAUGAUGAAUACGCAUACAAAAGUAGUCUCAAAAAAAACAAUGAUAAUGACAAUGAUAAUAGAAAUGUUGUGAAAAACCCGAAGAAAUCUUUUCCAAACUCCAAUAAAAUAAAUAUUGAUUUUUUGAAUCAAAUACAUUGUAGUAGAAUAGUUGAAGCCCAUUCGCUAUUUACUUUUUUUUAUACAAAGUUAAAACGUAAAGACAAAGAUUAUUAUAAAAAUAAAAAUAUGAUGCAUAAAAAAAAUGCUUUUUAUAUGAAUAAAUUAAAUAAAGAAUACAAUCCCGAACUUAAUAAACAAUAUAUUCCUAAAAAUCAGGCACAAAUUUACAAUGAUAUAAAAUCCAAACCAACCAAAGCUCCACCAUCUUAUAAAUAUUAUAACAAGGAUAAUCAAAAUUAUGAAAACAGUUAUAAUAAUAUUAACCAUAUUAAUGGGAGUAUAAAUAAUGGUCAUAAUAAUAUUUAUGCUAAUCAUAAUGAAAAAUAUUCUUUAGGGAAUGAAGAAAAGAAACACGAUCCUAAUCAUUUUAAUAAUAAUGUUUCUAUGGGCACUUCUAAUAAACAAGAACACGAAAAUAACAAUAAUGAGGAAAAUACUGAAAUGAAUGAGGAACGAUUUUUAGACGAAUUUGAUGAUUUUGAUAUCAAUGAAAAGCUCAGGGAAAAAACAUAUUAUACAGAUCGAUGCAUGCUGGAUAGAAAUGGAAAAAGAGUUUCGAUAUUGGAUAAAUUAAAUAUAAAUUUGGAUGAUAAAAAAAAUGUUGCUAAUCAUGAAGAAUUAAAUGGUAAAGCAGCAAAAAAACCAAGUCUAAAUAUCAAUAUAGUAACUAAUGAUCGCCCAACUGUUAAUAUAAAUGAUGAGGAAGCAGAUAUUAAUAUAAGUGAAAAUGAAAAUACUAAUAAUUUGGAAGAAGAUAAUUAUACAAGUGAUAAACAGAUAGUAAAAAAUAACAUGAUAAUUACAAAUAAUGCAAGCAUUAAUAGUAAAAUGGCACAUUUGAAAAAAAAUAAUAAAAUGCACCCUCCGAAAAAAGGUGUAAAUAAUAACAUCAUUAAGGAAGGAAUUAAAACGAAUAAUGAUAGAGGGAAAACAGAUGAGCGCAAUGUGAAUAAUAAGAUAAAUAAUAACAAAAUUUGUAAAAUAAAUUAUGAUAUGAAUAAAAAAAUGAGUCAUGAUGCAAGCAAUCAAAUAGAGUAUAACAUGAGCAGCCCAAUGGAAUAUGGCAUGAAUAAUCCAAUGGGACAUAACAUGAAUAAUCCAAUGGAGUAUAACAUGAAUAAUCAAAUGGGAUAUAACAUGAAUAGUCAAAUGGGAUAUAACAUGAAUAAUCAAAUGGGAUAUAACAUGAAUAAUCAAAUGGGCUAUAAUAUGAAUAAUCAAAUGGAUCUUAUUAAUAAUUAUACGGGAAAUAUGAAUAAUGGGAACUUUAACGUUCCUACGAUGAGUCCAUUAUGGAAUGGAGGUGAGUAUCCAAUGCAUAAUAGAAUUCAAGGUAACUUCUCUAACAUGAACAACAUGAAUAAUUUGAAUCAAAUUAGACAAGGGAAUAAUCAGAUAGUUCCACAUAAUCAAAAUGAAGGGACAAGUGUAAAUAUGAAUAAUAAAAAUUUAGUAUUAUAUAAUAAUGAUAAUAUAAAAUACGACGAAGAUUUUACGUUAAACUAUAUUCUUCAGAAAUACGAGGAUGAUGAUCAAUUUUUUUCAAGCAAUAAUAAUAACAAUUAUGAAGAAAAUAUAGAUGAUCAAAAAAAAGAAUUACAAAAAUAUACAGAAGGAAUGAAUAAAUUAGUAGAACAAAUGUAUUUUUAUGAUAACUAUCAUGAAGAAUUAAAAAUUUGCGACAAAGAUGAGAUUCCAUCUAGUAAUACUUACAAUAUUAUUGAUACUUCUUUAAAUAUAAAUGUAGUUGAUGAAAAUGAUGAAGACAAAGAAAGUAAAGAAAUAAUUUCUCAAAUGAAACUAAAAAUCACUAAUUUAGAAGAAAAAUUAGAAGAAUUAAAAAAUAAAAAAAACGAAUCUGAAAGUAAUUUAAAAGAAUUAAAUGAUAAAAAACAGGGUGGUGAGUCACAAAAUAAUAAAAUAAUAAAUGAAUUAAAAAAGGAAAUCGAAAAUAUUAAGAAAAAACGACGAAAAAAAAAACAUAAAAAAAAAAAAGGGAAAGAAAAGACAAAACAAACAGAAGAGAAUAAUGAACAAAAAGACGUAAACGAGGGUAAUAAUAAUGAAGAAAUCAAAGAACCAGAGAAAGAUGAAAAUAAAGAAAUCAAUAAUUUUAACAUAGAUGAUAUAAUAGACACUGAUAAUUUAAAUAAUUUAAAAAAUGAAAUAAUGAAUAAUGUAUAUUAUUAUAUAUAUGAAUCAUAUGAUCAAAAAGAUUAUGAAAUUUUAGAAAACUUAGCAAAAAAACAUGAAAUAAAAGGAAGAAAAGUAUGUUAUAAUGUAAAUUUACCAAAAUGUGACUUUAAAAAUAAAAGGACAUCAAGUCUAUGGUUUUUAAAUCCAGCAUAUGAAAAUUAUGUUCUUGAAAAAAAAAAAACAAAGAAAAUAGGAAAUUCAUCUUCUGCGUCUUAUGAAAGAUUAGAAUUUUUAUUUAAUUCAAAUGAUAUGAACAAUUUUAAUACAAAUGAGGAUGAAAAUAAAAGUGUGAUGAAUUCUGAUAUUAGAGAUAGUGAUUUUUCAUAUGAAACUUUUAUAAGUGAGAAAAAAAAAAAAAUAAAAAAAAAUAAAAUUAAUUUAAUGAAAAUGAAAAAUAGUUUAACAUUACAAGGAAAGAGUGAAAAUAAUAUUUUAAACAAAAAUUCAUUGAAUAAUUUAAAUAAAUAUGUAUUAGAAGAUGCAAGUAAGCAAGUGGCAAAAAAGGAAGAGGAUUCACCUCAGGUUGUAGAAGUAACCCCAGAGGGAAAUGAUAUGGUAAACGAUUUGUUAGAUACUAUAAAUAACUAUGUUCCGGAUAAAUCGAUAUUUGACAUUUUUAAUUCACCACCUAGUGAUGUUAAAGGGAAAGAGGAAGUAGAACCAUGUGAAACGAAUGAAAACAAAAAAGAUGUUGAUGAUAUAUUUAAAGAAGUAGAAGAUAAAAUGAAUAAUAAACUUAUGAAAGACAUUGAAGAAAAAAAAAGAGAAAGGGAAUUGCUAGAUCUAGAAAUAGAAAACAAAAAAAAACAAAAAGAGCUAGAAGAAUUAGAACUCCAAUUAAUGGAAAAUAAAAGAAAAAGCUUGUUGGCAAGUAAAAAUAUUAAUGAAAUAGAAAGCGAAAUUAAGUUGAAUAAAAACGAAAAGGAAGAAACAAAUAGAGGUGAAGAUAUACAAAUCGAUAAACAGCCAUAUGAAAAAGCAAAUGAAACUGUUGUUUUGGAUAAAGCUACUGAAGAAGCGGAAAAUAAAACUGUCGCUUUGUAUAAAUCUGGUGAAGAAGCGGAAAAUGAAACUGUCAUUUUGGAUAAAGUUGCUAAAGAAGCACCCAGUGAAAAAAUCGUGAAAGAAAAUAAACAGACUGAAACAGAAAAUGAUCGCAAGUCUAGUGAUAUAAACAUUACAAACGAUAUUCUGAAUGAUUAUGUAAAAAAUCAAAAAAAGAAAGAAAGAAAAAAAAAUAAUUGGGCAUUAUAUGGUAGACCUAAAGUAAAUAAAGAACGAAAUAGAAUAUUGAGACGGUUGUCUUCAUCAAAAAGCGAUGGUGGAUUUAACGAUUAUGCAAAUAUGGCUGAAAGAUUUUUUGAAAUUGUUACAGGAUAUACUAGUGAUCAAGACAUAGCAUAUGAUGAUAUUAAAGAAAAGGAUGAUAUAAAUAAAGAAAAUGAAAGAAUUGAAGAACGGAAAAAAAAAAUGUUUAAUAUUGGAAUAAGAAUGAAAGAAAAUGUUUAUAAAAAUGAUGCAUUUUAUAAAUUAGGAAGGCCUAAAUAUAUGAAAAAUAAUAUUUAUCAUAGAUCUAAAUCAAUUACUCAUAAUACUAUAUUAAAAAAAAAUAGUUUAAAAAAUAAAAAAGGAAAAAAUGUACUUUUGAAAAGGUCUAAAUCUAAAAAUAAGAUCUCUAAAUGUUGCCAACCGAAUACCGAAAUUGUAGAAAAAACUAAAAUGAAGUUAAAAGAAAAAUUAAAGGAAAAGGAAAUAGAGAAUAGUUCGAUUUUUAACAAUUUAAUUAGUAAAAAUGUUGAUAAUAUAAAGCAAAUAAAUAUUGUAAGUGAAUUAAUAAAGGGGGCCAGUAUGGAUACCUAUUUAUUAGAUAAUAAGAUGAAGGGAAAUUUCGAUUUGAAAUAUAAAAGAAAACUAAUAUAUGAGGAUUUAGAAAAAAAAGAUGUUGAUGUAAAUUUGGAAGAGUAUCAAAAAUUAAAUAAUGAAAAGGAAUACUAUCUAAAAGAUUUGAAUAAAGGAAAAGAAAAGACAACGAAAUUAAGGGAUCAUAAAGAAGACAUUGCAAAGGAAGUGGCCAGUGGCAAAAUAGAGAAGUUAAUGAUGCUAAAAGAGGAAGAAAAAAUGGUAAAAGAAAUGAAGAGAAUAGAAGAAGAGAAAAGACACGAAAAAAUGAAGAGAAUAGAAGAAGAGAAAAGACAAGAAGAAAUGAAAAAAAUAGAAGAGGAAAAAAGGCUAGAAGAAAUGAAAAAAAUAAAAGAGGAGGAAAAAUAUAGAAUGGAUGAAUGGAAAGAACGCCAAAAUAAAAUAGAGCAAUUAAAAAGAUAUGAAGAAGCAAGAAAAUUAAAAGAACGAAAAAUGAUACAAUCUGCAAAAGGAUUAAUGGAACUAAAUAUAUUUCAAGGUACACCAAAUUUAGAAAAUGAAAUGGAAAUAGAAAAAGAAGGUCCACAAAAUGACAAUGAAAUCAAUAAAAUAGAAAAAGAAAGUGGUGUAAGAGAAAAUAUAUUUAGUAAUGUGUUAGAAAAAAUAUAUAAAAAUACUGCUACUCCUUUAUUAAAUCAUAUAAAGGGUAACAAAACUGAAGAGAGCGAAAAGGGAAAAGCAAGUUUAUUAUACAUAGUAGAAACAAAAGUAGAAAGAAAGGAUGAUGGAGAAAUGGAAUUAAAUGAAGUAGAAAAUGAGAAUGAUCAACAAAGUGGUAAAGAGAAAAAAAUGCCAAAUAUAUCAUGUACCAAAAAUUAUGAAAUAUUUGAUAAAAUGGAAAAAGAUCGAAAACGAAUACUUAGAGAAAAAAAAGGAAACAAUAAAAUAAUUUCGAAUAAAACGAGUAAUCGUACAUUGUUAAACAAUGCAUAUGUAAAUAAUUCUCUGAUAAUAAAUAAUGUAAUAAAUAAAAGUAAAGAAGAUAAGAAUGUAGCAGAUGCAGAUGGUAUGGAGAAUAAUGAAUUACAUAGCUUGUCAAAAAAAGCCGUAGAUGAUGUAAGUAUGACCACAUUAGGAGAUGAUAAAAAACAAAUGUUAUUAAAAAUAAGAAAUAAUAAUUUAAAAUAUAAUAGUUUAAAGGAAGAAAAUAUUCGUGAUUUAGUUGAAAUGGGAUUAACCCAUAGUAUUUCUAUGGAAGAUAAAAUCGAUGAUUUAUUUGAAAUAAAAAGUGAUGAAUAUGAUGAUAACGAUGAUAUAUUUAUAUCUGGAACUGAAGAAUCAUUUUUAAAGAUUGAAGAUAAUGAUAAUAUUGAUUUCGAUGAAUUUAAAACACAUGUUUAUAAAGAAUCUUAUCGUAAAGGUCUACUAAAUGAUAAGAAAGAUAUUAGAGAAUAUUUUAAAAAUAAUUAUGAAGCAUCAAGUUUUAAGAGUGAUGAUAUAUAUAAUGAAAAUAUAAUAGGAUCUGAUGAAAUAAAAAAUGUAAUUAUGGAUAAGUAUAGUAAUAAUAAUGAUACAUAUGGAAAAAGUAUAAGUGUUGAUAUGGACUUAAAAAAUGUUUUAAAUAGUUUUAAAUUAAAAGAAUAUGAAAAAGAAAUAGUUAACACCAAAAGUUAUGAAGAUAUUAUUAAUAAAGAAGAUUAUGGUUCAAAAAAUAGUGAAGACUUUUAUUUUAAUUUUGAAAGAGAAAAUAUGGAAAAAAAAAAAUAUAUAAAUAAUCAUAAUAAUAAACAAUAUAAUGAUAUGAGUUUAAGCAAAUUAGAUGUAAAUAAUAGUGAACUAUCUAGUGACAAUUCAAUAAAAGUUAGACAAUUAAAUACAUAUGGUUCAUCUGGAAGUUAUACAUUUAAUUUUAAUAAGAAAAGUGAAGAAGAUGAUCCAUAUAUUAAUUAUUCUUUUGAAAAAUUGCUAAGUCAAAAUGGUGAAAGUGAUAAUUAUGGAAUAAAUGUGAGAGACGAUCAAAGUCAAAACAUGGAUAGUGAAAGAAAUGAUGCUCUUAAGAAUACUAUAAAUCAAUUAAACAAAUUAAAGAAAACAAUAAAAACUGUUGAAACAAACAAUUAUUAUAAUACUGAAAUUAAUGAGGAUAAUUUGUCUAAUAUAUUUACAGAUGAUUUAAAACAAGAAGAUGAUCUAUCUUCUUAUUCUUAUCUAUCUCCAAGGGAAGUAUUUAAUAAAAGGAGAGGGAAGUAUUAUGCAAACCAUUAUUCUAGGUACUACACUUAA